UUGACACAUAACAUAACCUAAAAAUAUUUGAAUAUUUGUUUUUAUGGUGCCUAGUUGCAUGUAUGGCCUAGGUGUUGUUUGUUAAUUUGCUUGCAGGUGCCGAAUAUAUGUAAAAUAAUAAAAUGAGCAAGGAAUUCGCAGAACCCAGGAAUGCCUCCUUAACUGCAAGCACAAGUAGUGGUACUCAGGUAAACCCAGACACUGCAGCAAUCUGCCAAACCGCUGAAAAUAAGGAAGUCAAAAAGAAAACAAGGACAUAUUUUAAUUUUUAUGAGGAAUGGGCGAAACUACUAGAAAAAGGUGAUGCAUAUUUUGGAGACAGUUCCACGGAUGAAAACUCCAAGGAUUCAGGAGAAAGCACAACGAGCAUGGCUGUAAAGCAGCAGCAGGAGGAAGAACCAAAAGCCACACCUGUUCACGGGCAAAACAGUGUUGGUGCUAACUUGUUAAACUCACAAAAGAAGAAUUCAGCUAAGAAUACAUUUGCAACACCACAAUCAAAGUUAUCCAAACCAUUGGAUGAGGAUAAAGAGAAUGAGGAUAAGAAAAAUGUUGAAUUGAAAAUUAAAGAUUUUUUUAAGCAAAUCACAGUAAUUGACAAAACAUAUAUCAUUCUGAAUGUGCUUGGAAAGGGUGGAAGUUCUACUGUCUACGAUUGCUUUAAUCCACAGACGAAAACAGCUUGUGCCAUUAAAUGUGUUAGUCUGAAUUGUGACAAGGAACAAGAGAAAUCGUUUAUCAAUGAGGUCAAAACAUUGGUUAAAUUGCAGGGCUGCCAUAGAAUCAUAAAGUUGUAUGCUUAUCAAAUUUUGACGGAUAAGAAAAGACUGUUUGUGGUACUGGAAAAAGGUGGAAAAGAUUUGGCUAUAAUAUUAAGGGAGUUAGUGAAUAGUUCCACCCAUAUGCCACUUUACAUGGUCAUUUACUAUUGGAUGGAAAUGCUUUACGCCGUUAAGGAGAUUCACGACAGAGGUGUUAUACAUUCCGAUCUUAAACCCGCGAAUUUCCUGGAAGUCAACGGUCGCAUAAAGUUGAUAGACUUUGGGAUCGCGUCGAGCGUUCAAAGCGAUAUGACGAGCGUCAUCAAAAAUGUGUCUUUGGGAACGUUCAGUUAUAUCAGCCCGGAGGCCCUCAGCAAUGAUUCAUCGACGAACGAUGACAGUCCAAAUUAUGGAAAACAAAAGUUUAAAAUCAGUUUUAAAUCUGACGUAUGGUCAUUGGGUUGUAUACUGUAUCAGCUCAUUUAUCGGAAGACACCAUUCCAGCAUAUCGUUCAGCCGCUUCAGAAAUUUGUAGCCAUCAGCAAUCCGGAUCAUAAAAUCAAUUAUCCUCCGGUGGAUUGGGUACCAGAAAGAAUUAUCAAGACCAUGCAAGACUGUUUACAAUAUGAUAUGAGAUCCAGACCAUCCGUCGACGAUCUUAUUUCUCAGUACGAAGCUAUUUACAAAUAAGUUACGGCUGAAUGUUUAUUUUUAUACUUUUUAAUACUUUUUUAUGCGCAUAUUUAUUUGUAACAUUUCCAUUACUAGAGUAUUCCAAGCCAACUUUAUGGUUUGGCGAAGUUAUCAAGAAACUUGUAUAUAUUUAAACAAAAACUAUUUUGAUUAUAUUUCUAUAUUAACAAGA